AUGGAACAAAAGGGGCGAAGUAAAGAAGGCAUUCGGGACCCUACCGCCUAUCGAAAGCGAGCUGAUCUGGCCACACCGGCGUCUAUCGAUCAGGACUUCAACUUCAUUACUUCCGUCGAGAGAUCCCUAGCGCGUGCAGACGAACUGACCAUAAGCAAAGGGAUUGACUUGGUCCCCAGUGGCAUCAUGCGAAAGGGUCAGGAGGCUAGACGGAAGUUUUCUGCCGAGCUCGAAAAGAGAGGUAUACGAUUAAUCAAGGCACCAGAAGGACUAUCGAGAAACAAACAGAAUAAGUCUCAUUGGGCGGGACAUGGGAGCUGCAUCAUGUGGACGACUGAAUGGAUAUGUUAUGACGGUGACAAGAAAACUUGCAAUGUACUCGAGUCGAGAACGGUUGAGGAAGCCUUUCUGUUUGCAUUUGGGAAACACGCCGUCCACCGCAAGAAACGCAAGCGAAGUGAUGCUGAAACAGCGUCAGUAUCAGCUCCUCAACCUGACGCCAGAUCUGUUCAGUCGGUCGCCGCCCGGGGAAGCAACGGAGAGAGCUCGCAUAACAGGAAUGUGGAAGGAGCCCCUGGAAACCCAGGAUCCGAAUCAUCUGUCCAAGAAUCAGGUAAUGACCAGACUGGCAUCGACAAGGACGAUGAAACGACGCGAAGGAAAGGCCAACCUCCAAAAACCCCGCAGGCGUCACAAGAUCUCCAGUUUUACCUUUUCAAACCAGACACGAUAUCCAAAGUGAAAUGCCUGAUUCCAGUUGCUCCGGACUCGAUGCUGGUCGAUGUUCUCCGCGAUCGGACCAUCCUGGAGUUUCCGACCUUCUACGUCCGGCAAGAAGGCCCGCAGAAUUUACAUGCUCCAUUCAUCACCGAAGAAAAUUACAACGAACAGUAUGGGACAGAAAUUCCCGUCAACGUGCCAACUUACGCUCCGGAGAACAAAGCAGAUGAGCCGAACCUCGUUUCUUUGGACAACAUCGACGAGAAAAAGGUCCUAGAAGUCCUUCAAAAAGACCUGAAUGGCUGA